AUGGCCCCAUCAGCUCCCCUUCUCGUCGAUGUGCACACCCAUAUGUACCCACCGUCAUACAUCAAACUCCUCUCGACUCGCACAUCAGUCCCAUACAUCCACAUCCCAGAUCAAGGCGACCCACGACUCAUCAUAUUGCCUUCAGACGAUGAUCCCAACAAACCGCCAGCUCAACGAGGCCGACCUGUUGAUGUGAGCUACUCCUCCUUUGAUGCCAAGCUCUCUUUCAUGCAGAAACAUGGCAUCACGCACAGUAUAGUCAGCCUAGCAAAUCCCUGGCUCGACUUUCUGGACCCUUCAAGUGCAGCAGAGACAGCCGCUCAGAUCAAUGUAGACUUUGACAAGGCAUGUGCCGAGCAGAAUGCCCGUACAGAUUCGCAGUUGAAGCUGUACGCUCUUGCGUCGUUGCCGUUGUCAGCGCCCAUGGACCAGAUUGUCUCUAGCAUCAAGUCACUUUCGAACCUGAAAUACACCAAAGGCGUCAUCAUGGCACAUCUGGCCUCGGUGCUGGACUCGACGAUCCGGCCCUGGACCCUAUCUGGUCUGCUCUGGCAUCAACGAAGACACCAAUCUUUCUACAUCCUCAUUAUGGCCUACCAGCAAGCUCGUUCGGCCCUACAGCCGCCAACUAUGGCCAUUGGCGUCUUCGACCGACAUCCAGACUUGACUUUCCUCCUAGCACAUUCAGGCGGCACGCUACCCUUCCUGGCAGGUCGUAUUGAAAGCUGUGUGGCACACGAACGAGAAUUUACAGUGAAUGGUGGCGAGAGACCUGGUCCAGUGCGGUCACUUUGGGAAGUCCUGAAGACUAAUAUCUACCUUGACGCUGUAGUCUAUGGUGAGCCAGGCAUGAAAGCGGCCUUGCAAGCAGCUGGUGGUGCAGAUGGCGACGGAAGUGGAUGGGAAAGGCUGAUGUUCGGAACUGAUCACCCCUUCUUCCCGCCCCUGCAGACCGAGGGUGGAGAGGAGAAGUGGUUGAGUGUGGAGAGUAACUUGAGCGCGAUCGAAGGAGUCUGCAAGAAUGACGAGAAGAGGAAGAAGAUGAUUCUUGGGGAGAAUGCUGUGAGAGUGUUCAGGCUAGACCGGUGA